GAAAAGAAGAAGAAGAAGCGAAAGCACAGAAGCCAGUCUAGAAGCAAUUCAUCAUCAAGUUCAUCAAGUAGAAGCAGAUCACCUUCAAGAGGUAAUUUCAACAAUUUUUUUGUUAGCAUUAUUCUUUAAACGUAUAAUAAAGAAGUAGUCGGGAAUAGUGGCAGGAUUAAUUCAGGUGGUAUAGCACUUGUCUGCAGUGUGAGAGGUAAAGGGUUCAAUUUCUGGUACUGGACCAAUACUCAAGGUCUUAAAAUAAAUGAAAAAUGAGGGUACUGUCUUUGUCCUGCAGACAGUUAGAUUUUCGCAUGGCUUGGAUGACUGCGUAAAAUGGCGGUCCUGUCGCAAUAAGGAGACACAAAAACAGUGUCCUCAAAUAACACUUUUGUGUUAAAUACAUUGACACUCAAACCAAAAAACUUGUUUUAUAGUUCAGUACCAGUAAAUCUUGUUCAUGGCUUGUUGUGGACCUUUAAGCAAGUUUCAAUGUUUUAUUAUGUUUUGAGCAACCUCUAAAAAUUGGUAGAAGAAAAUAUGAAGCAUUAAGAAGAAGAUCAACCUGGCCAGGGAAGAAUUGUUUUCCAACUGAAAUAUUGUGCACAGAAGUAUUAUUAAAAAUGUUCUGUCCUUUUUUUCUUUGCCAUGAGAAUCACUUCACUGCUGUGUUUCUUCAAUCUUCUUUCGGAUCCAGAUCCUUUUGAGAAAUCCAGCCACUCAACUACCGGUAAUUGGUGUACAGUUAAAGUUUUGCUGUUCAGUGUUGAAAUUUGAAAAGGCAGUCUUUCUAAAGUGAUGAUCAAUGUGCACAUGUAGCUUUUGGAAGUAUUUUGUUUCAUUAUUGUUAUUAUUUUUUGAACCAUUUUACAGUGAAGCACAAAAAAAGAAGAAGGCAUUCAAGUAGUGACUCAUCCAGUGAAGCUUAUGAGUCAUCAAGCUCAUCAGGCUCAAACUCCUCAGGUAAAUAGCUUGUAAGUUUUUUUUCAUCCGAUGAAAAACUUGAGUGGGGAAUAAGUAACAAAUUAGUUAAGUUGAGCCUAUGCCCCAAGGGGUACUCAAAAAUAUUUACACAUGGAGCCCCCAUCUUGAGGUCCAACCCCUUACCCUUGUAAUAUACCGGUAUACCAUUUUUGACGGAAAAGGUACCCCUUUUGUAUACCUUCUACUAACAUAUCAAUGGUACCCCUUUAACAUACCUACAAUCCCGGACAAAACUACUUGAGAACGUUUUCACCAUCAUGUCUACUUUCCUACGCAACAAAACUAUUUCCAAAACGACGCCUUUGCGGAAAGAAAACCCCCUCCCCCAAUUCAAUGAUGCUUACCACAAACUCCCAGGGAUCAGGCUUUCUUUUGAAUACACAACUACAUUGCUUUCAGGGGAAGGAGGAGAGGGAAGAACCGGUACAGCUAAGAUGUUUAGAAAAAUGCUGUCCAAGUAUACAAUUUUCUCAACAGUUUUGUCCAAGAUUGUAGUUUAGAACUUUGCAUCUCUUUUAACUGCUGUAAAUGAACUGUCUUUAAAUAUGAAUAAAUCACAAAACCAUAACAUUUUCUUGACUUUUUCACAGCCACAAAAUGCGCCUGUUAGCCCUUCUGGGACUUUAACAAACGGAAAUGACAGAUUUCCCUUACCCUUUUCCAAUACUUCAACUGUUGAAUUUCCUACCAUUUCAUAUACCUGAAAAAGACACCCUUUCCUGUCGAGCCUCUUCUUAUAGGAGUAUCCCUCACCACCUGGGGCCUGUAGGUACUGCAUAAACUUGGAAGGAAACUUGACAGUGGACAGGUUUGCCAUUUAGGUUUAGUAUGAAGACAGACUGAACAAUGGAAAGCAUUAUUGAUGCUGGUUUUCAUUAGCGACAGAGUCAGAGUUGGAGUCAUAAUGAGACGCACAAGACUUGGAGAUCUAGUCAAAACAGCAUUCUGAUUCAGACAUUCCUGUCCACAAAUCUCUUAGAGAAACAAAGGAAUUAUUAAAAGAUUUAAAUUAUUGAGUUGAUAAUAACAUUUAACUUGCCAUCGCUUUGCGUUACUGAAAUAAAUUCACUCUCUGUUUAUUGUUUUCUUUGUUUUUUUUCUUUCAUUACAGUGAAAGGAAAGAAAAGGAAAAAGGGAAAGGUAUGGUGAAUUGUCACAGUAUUGCUGGUAAAUAUUUCAAAACACAAUUUCUUGACUUUUAAAGGUUAUCCUGAUACAAUAUCAGUAGUUUGAAAGUUAUAGGUUUUGUUUAUAGUGGACAGUCCACUUACCUUAUCCAGCUGGUUUACAGGCGCUCUCUCGAAUACUUAAGGCUGGUUUUCGCUAGUGACGGAGUCAGAGUCGUAGGAGCGCUUAUGACCUAGUGAAAAUCAAAACUCGGAUUCAUAAGCUCGACGGAAUCGGAGUCAGAAGAAUUAGGAUGUUUCCAUUUUCUUCUGACUCCACUUAUGACUCCUUCACUUAUGGUCUAUUGAAAACCAGAUUGUCGGAGUCGGAAGUAGAAGCGGAAGGACAAACCAAUCACAAUCCACGUUCGUGAUUGGGUUAAUUCUUCCACUUCUGCUUGCGACUCUGACAACCCAGUUUUCACUUGAUCGGAGUUCCACCCUUAUGAUUACGACUCCGACUCAGUUGCUAGUGACAACCAGCCUAGCUGAGGCCAACCAAGAAGUAAUCCAGCAAGGACCCAGAGUAGAACUUGACCUGGAACUGCCUGACCGCAACUCCAAGACGCUCAAAAUUUUACAUUUUCUACGAAAAUUUUAGGAAUCCUUUCUUUUCUGAAUAUGACCAAAUUUGGGAAGUGAAAGGUGAAAACUCCAACUUCAGAAAAUCAUAGAGGUUGUAGAGGUGUAAAUAUUGGGAGUUGGUGUCAUGCAAAGCCGUUCAUCCCUAAAUUGCUCCUUUGUUCUUUUUACCUCUUUCUCUUUUGCGUUACACCGUUCAUUAAAACAGUUUAUCAACAGUUUUAUUUCUUUUCCUUCUUUUCAUGAAAAAAGAAAAGUAAAAAGAGGAAAAAGAAAAAAACCGUGGAGGAAUCAUCAGGCCCUGUUCAGCUGUCAAAGGUAUGUUGUUCCAGCCUCGAUCAAGUCAAACUGCAUACCACCUCACCAAUAUGGUCACACUAACGUCCAAAGAGUCUCCCCUGCACCCCCAAGGCCAAACAAUAAAUUUAGGAUUUUGUUUGAUAUAGUGUCUUUUAGGCCUAGGCCAAACGUCGAACUUUUCGUGAGACGAACUAAACUCUAAUUUGGGUCGACCUAAAUUAAGUUAAGAUCGUCUGUUGUGUCAGACGUCGAAGUUAGGACGCGUCGAACCAAUCAACUGAAUCAGACCAAGAAGCAAUUUUAUGGUCAGUAAUAAAUAUUCUCCCGAACGAGGCUAAGUAUACAUUAUCAUCCAAAUUUUUGAUUUAUCAGUUUAGUUCGUCGCAUGUGAAUCGACGUUUGUUCCAGAGACGAUCUUCAGACGUUCUACCCGUCUGAAGCAGACGGAUAGAACGUGCUGGACGAUCCAAACUCAUUCAGACGAACUUAACUCACUAAGUUUGGUUUGUCUCAUUAAAAAGUUCGACCUAUGGUAUUAUCCGUUUCUGGGAAACUGCCCACCUACCCCUCCCCUAAGCUAACAUUAACGCUACUCAUUUAGGGCGAAAUGUUGGCUUAGGGGAGGGGUAGGUGGGCAACGGUUUUAUAGGGAAACCAAAAAAUCGUUUCAUAGCUCCUUUAAGACAGUGUUGAUUGUCAACCUACCCACCCUGGCUUAACGGACACCUCCCUAAACAACAGGGUCGGUAAAGAGAGUUGUCUUGUUUUUUAGUUUAUGAAAGAACAAAAAGAGAAAGAAGCUGCUCGGAGAAGUGCUGUGUCUGGAAAGAAAAUAAAACUCAAAGUGAAAAAGUCCAGCAAAGACAAAGAGGUAAAUUACUUUUUUUUUAGUGCCAGUACUUAGAUCUUGUUCUGCGCUUCACUUCUGUUCUGUGACAUUUACCCCUUAACCCUACCUCAUUAAUUUCCACGAGUCGAGCGUUUGGUUGGCGCCAAGGAGCGGAUGAUUUGUGUCUUUUUGAAAGUAACCAUUAAAAGGCAGUCGAUUGAAAAAGCCCAACGCAAGCCGUCAUUAAGAAUUUAGAGUCACGCGUACGGUAAACUGCAAACCUCAGAUUCAAGUUGAAAAUUUCAGAAAAUAGAAAUGAGCAGAUAAAAAUAGUCCAAAAAAAAGUUUAUGGAUAAAACUAACGUGAACGUGCAAGUCCUAAUUUGUUUUGUAGAAAUACUGAACCCUAAUCACGUGUUACAAACACGUUUGUCAUAAAACGUAACCCUCUCUUUGUUAUCACACCGGCCGGCAACUCAGUCAGGCCAUGUUCACACAGCAACGGUCAGCGAGUGGAGCAAGUUGUUCACACGCAUCGAACAUCCACCGAACAUCGUGCUGGAGCGGUUUGCCAAGAGGGUUUGGUUGUCUAAAUCUUCGUCCUAGCUCACACCUGAAUAUUUUAUUCCGUCUGAAUACUUUUUCACACUACACCAAAGUGUGGAACAGAACCUGGCCAAUAAGUGACGCUCCUCUUUCGAGAUCGACGCGGCGCAGCUUUGCUCAGGCAGCCGUUACAGAAAUCGCGCCGAAAUCACCGUUUUUAUGUGUGAACAGUAGCGCUAUCCGGCAUGAGUUUUGAAUUCGUGCCGGCGCCAAAGCUAUGUGGUAUAAUUUGAACAUAGCCCCGUGCUAUUUUAACACUGGAAUCAUCUGGAAAAAUUUUCUUAGAACUUACUCAGUGUUCUCCUGUUUCAGCGUGACAAGAACCGCAAGGAACUGCUUAACUUCUUGAAUCAAACUUUAUAAAGCCUUCCGUGAAGAGUUUGACUGACAGGUGAGCUUUGGGGAUGAUGAAAACUCAGUUAAAACUGCCGUUACUGCGUGGCCAACAAGUACGUAAACAUGUACAAAAUCACUGGCUUCUUGAAGACAAGUCAAAUGAGAUAUAGCACGGAUUGUCAUUGAGAGGAACAUUUAAGUUUUCCGUGCUUUUGCGCAGUGGUGGCAGUUUAUUAGCGACCAUUAG